AUGCGAUCAUCUACUAUAGUAGUUGUAGCUUUGGCUCUCGUUGCAAUUAUUUCGAAGCAUUCAACAGUUGCAACACCUAGUUCGUACAAAGAAUUGCGUCGGCAAUAUAAUGGCGACAAUUAUGACAAGAAUAAGCUGUACAACAUGUUUUUACGACGUGUUUUUCAUAAACUAGAAAUUGACGAUCUUCGCACUACGAUGCGAGAUACUACCGACUCAGCUACACUACCACCGUGCAAUGAUGCUACUUGUUGUGCCACGAGUACUUGCGCUCCUUGUGAUGAUAAUGGUACUAAUCGUUCUUGUUAUGGUAUGCCUUCUUAUUUUGGUAGGUAUAUUUAUGGUUUGAAUUCUGGUCCUGAUUGUGGUGGUGAUUACGUUAUGCAUGAUUGUCCUUCUGAUGUGUGUCUAUGUGAAAAUGGUGGAACAUGUACUGGUCCUGAUGGUACCUGCGAGUGUACAGGUGGAUGGACUGGCGAAAGAUGCCAAACUCCACCACCGUGUAAUGCUGCUACUUGUGUUGGCCAGAAUACUUGUGUUGCUUGUGAUGAUAAUGGUACUUCUAGUUAUUGUAAUGGUCGUCAUCUUCGUUUUGAUUAUUCUAUUUAUACUUUUGAUGGUCAACUUUAUAAUUAUAAUGGUGUUUAUGAUACUAAUGGUAAUAUUGGUGAUCCUGAUAAUUAUAUUCGUGUUGGCCCUUCUCUUGAUAAUAUUUGUUAUGUUGUUUAUCGUUGUCCUUUUCGUUGUGCUGAUGGUAAUGGUUUUGCUGCUGGUGUUGGAACUUGUUAG